GCCAUAUCCCUUAUCUACCUAAAUACAUAUGCCUUAUCCCUGCGCAUAUCCCUUCAUACCUGCAUCUAAUCCUUACGCAUAUAACUUCGUACAUAUUCGUACAUAAGCUACCCCACCAUCGAUUACACGAUUACAUCUGGACUUCCGCGCCGGACUCGACAGAUCCAAUCUUUCACGUCCGUUUCGCCUUCCAACCUCGAUCUGUUAACACCCCACACUCAAGCAACAAGCAACGUUAAAACUUACUUAAAAGGCGGAUCUUGCAGUUCGAACCUGCCCAGCUUACUGACAAGAUAAUCUUACCUGCCUUACAUCAGCGAUUCACAAAUACCUUUACAAAAUACCCAAAAUACAUAUCUUUACCUUACCACAUCUCGUUAUCCCCCGUCGCGCAACUGCUGUAAUACGCCACCACCAGUAUUAUCACCACAAUGUCAGCAUCGUCGGCGCAGACCUCGGGAGCCGCCCGGCUCUUGCAACGACAGCUCAAGGAGAUGCAUACGUCAUCUGACCUAUCAGGUAUUUCAGUAGGCCUAGCUAAGGAAAGCAAUGUCUUCGAAUGGGAAGUUAUUCUUAUGAUCAAUGAUGAGUGCAAGUAUUACGGUGGUGCCUAUUUCCGCGCCCUCAUGACAUUCCCACCCGAAUAUCCUCACCUACCUCCUCAGAUCGUCUUCCAGAACCCGGUUCCGUUCCACCCCAACAUCUACCCCAAUGGUGAGCUCUGCAUAUCCAUCUUGCACCCACCCGAGGAAGACAAGUACGGCUAUGAGAGCGCCGCCGAGCGCUGGAGUCCCGUCCAGACCCCCGAGACGAUACUGCUGAGCGUUCUCAGCCUCUUCAACGAGCCUAACGACGAGAGUCCCGCCAAUUUGGAUGCCGCCAAGCUAUUGCGCGCCGAGCGAGAAGGUGGUCCGAAGGAGUUCAGGAAGCGGGUAAGGAAGUGCGUUAGGGAGAGCUUAGGCGAGGAUUAGGUAGGCAGGGCAGGUAAAUGAACAGGAUUCACGACCGCAGACCGACAACCGAACCUCUGUACCGAUAAAUAUCUCUCGACUAAAGGAGGAAACCGGGACGCUAUCCCAGGAGCACCAUCUUGUCGUCUGUUU